UAAAAAUGAACGUAGGAGUUGCCCACAGCGAGGUAAAUCCAAACACGCGGGUGAUGAACAGUCGUGGAAUGUGGCUGACAUACACGCUCGGAGUCGGCAUGCUGCACAUUGUCUUGCUCAGCAUUCCUUUCUUUAGUGUCCCUGUCGCCUGGACUUUAACAAAUGUGAUUCACAACCUGGGAAUGUUUGUGUUUUUGCAUGCAGUAAAAGGAACUCCUUUUGAAACACCUGACCAGGGGAAAGCUAGGCUACUAACACACUGGGAACAACUGGAUUAUGGAGUACAAUUUACAUCUUCAAGAAAAUUCUUCACAAUCUCUCCUAUAAUUCUGUACUUCCUGGCAAGUUUCUACACAAAGUAUGAUCCAACACACUUUGUCCUCAACACCACCUCUCUCUUGACCGUGCUUAUCCCCAAGCUGCCACAGUUGCAUGGUGUUCGAAUCUUUGGCAUCAAUAGAUAUUAAACAGAAGGUUUGGUGCUGACCGCCCCUGACAUGGCUGCUGCUGCUCCCCAGGUGAAGGAAACAGUAACUGCUGUGCUGUGUAUCUACUUGUAUUCAAUAAGAGAUGCUUUUACAUCUGAGAUACAAUUCCUGCUUCCUGCAGCAUUAUCUGGGAUGAAAGCUGCGUUUAUAAGAAAAUGCCUUCAAAUACUUAAAUGUGAAUCAGAAACCUCUAGAAGAAAGAUUUCCAUGAAGAACUGGGCAGGCCCAGCUCUAAGCGUAAUCACCACUAAGGCUGUACGUAUGCCUGGCUGAUGGAAGCGACUUGCAAGGAAGGUGCAAG